AUUCUCUUUCAAAAAACUUUUCACAUAUUCCUUAUUUUCAUUUCCAACAAGUGAACCUGAACAAAAUCCACGAAUAUCGUCUUCUUUUAGGGAGGAAAGUGGUCCAUUUAGUUCCUGGUCUUAAAGAUUAUGGGAAGCAAGACUACUCUAGUAUUAGCUUUACUGAUUGUUUUAAUUUUUACAUGUUAUUGCUUUGAAUGGGGAUUGUGUGGUACAGUGAGUUAUGAUCAUAGAGCUCUGGUAAUCGAUGGAAAGAGGCGGGUCUUGCAAUCUGGUUCAAUACAUUAUCCUCGUACUACUCCUGAGGUGUGGCCAGAUAUUAUUAGAAAGUCGAAGGAAGGGGGAUUGGACGUGAUUGAGACCUAUGUGUUUUGGAACUACCAUGAGCCUGUGAGAGGACAGUACUAUUUUGAAGGCAGGUUUGACCUGGUGAAGUUUGUGAAAACAGUUCAGGAAGCUGGUCUUCUGGUUCAUCUGAGGAUUGGACCAUAUGCCUGUGCUGAAUGGAAUUAUGGCGGAUUUCCAGUUUGGUUACACUUCAUUCCUGGGAUUCAUUUUCGAACAACAAAUGAACCAUUCAAGGAGGAAAUGAAGCGUUUCCUUGGAAAAAUUGUAAAUUUAAUGAAGGAAGAGAAUCUCUUUGCAUCACAAGGUGGGCCAAUCAUUCUGGCUCAGGUUGAGAAUGAAUAUGGGAACGUUGAAUGGGCAUAUGGAGCUGCAGGAGAGUUAUAUGUCAAAUGGGCUGCAGAAACUGCUGUUAGUAUGAAUACAAGUGUCCCUUGGGUGAUGUGCCAACAAAAAGACGCCCCUGAUCCAGUUAUAAAUACUUGUAAUGGAUUCUACUGCGAUCAGUUUACCCCAAAUUCUCCUUCGAAACCAAAAAUAUGGACCGAGAACUAUAGUGGAUGGUUUCUUUCAUUUGGUUAUGCGGUUCCCUAUCGACCUGUUGAGGACCUAGCAUUUGCUGUUGCACGCUUUUUUGAAUAUGGCGGUACUUUUCAGAACUACUAUAUGUAUUUUGGUGGAACCAACUUUGGAAGAACAGUUGGAGGGCCUCUGGUAGCAACAAGCUAUGACUAUGAUGCCCCAAUAGAUGAAUAUGGCUUUAUUAGACAGCCAAAAUGGGGUCACCUACGUGACUUGCACAAGGCAAUAAAGCAAUGUGAAGAAUAUUUGAUCAGCUCAGAUCCAGUGCACAAGCAGCUUGGCAAUAACUUAGAGGCACAUAUCUACUAUAAAUCUUUCAAUGAUUGUGCAGCGUUUCUUGCCAAUUAUGACAGCAGGUCAGAUGCAAAUGUUACUUUCAACGGAAAUUUGUACUUUCUUCCUGCUUGGUCUGUGAGCAUACUUCCAGAUUGCAAGAAUGUUAUUUUUAACACUGCAAAGAUUGUUUCACAAAGAAGUCUUGGUGAUGCUUCAUUUGCUCAAUCAACCUCUGUUAAUGAGAUAUCACUGGAGCCAACAGUGUGGAGUUGGUAUAAAGAAAAAGUGGGCAUUUGGGGUAACAACUCAUUUAUGGAGCCAGUUCUAUUAGAGCAGGUUAAUACAACAAAAGAUACCAGUGAUUUUCUGUGGUACUCGACCAGUGUGAAUGCUGAUCAAGAGAAAGAUGUCGUUUUAAAUAUUGAGAGUUUGGGGCAUGCAGCUCUACUUUUUGUAAACAAAAGGCUUAUAGCAUUUGGAUAUGGUUAUCAUGAUGAUGCAAGCUUUUCACUCACUCAGAAGAUUAGUCUAAAUGAAGGAAAUAACACACUGGAUUUGUUAAGUAUGAUGAUCGGUCUACAGAACUUUGGACCAUGGUUUGAUGUUCAAGGAGCUGGAAUUAAUUCUGUUGUGCUUAUUGGCUCUAAUCACGGCAAGAAUAAUAUUUCUUCUGGAAAAUGGACCUAUCAGGUGGGACUUGAAGGGGAAUACCUUGGACUGGAUAAGGUCAGUCUAGCAAAUAGUUCACUGUGGAAUCAAGGGACUCCUCUACCUGUUAAUAAGAGUUUGAUAUGGUACAAGGGCGUGUUUGUCCCUCCUGAAGGGAAGGGUCCUUUAGCCUUGAAUCUCAGUGGCAUGGGAAAAGGUCAAGCUUGGGUUAAUGGACAGAGCAUAGGACGAUAUUGGCCUGCCUAUCUCUCACCAGCAAAAGGUUGCACUGAAAAAUGUGAUUAUAGAGGAUCUUAUAACCCAUUUAAAUGUCUGAAGAAAUGUGGUCAGCCAGCUCAAACACUGUAUCAUGUCCCACGCACAUGGGUUCACCCUGGUGAAAACCUACUGGUCCUACAUGAAGAGCUAGGGGGAGACCCUUCAAAGAUUUCUCUGCUAACAAGAACUGGCCAAGAGAUAUGUUCAAUUGUGUCAGAGGAUGAUCCACCAUCAACUGACUCUUGGAAACCAAACUCAGAAUUCAAGUCUCAAAGCCCUGAAGUUAAACUGACCUGUGAAAAAGGAUGGCGUAUUACAUCAAUCAACUUUGCUAGUUUUGGAACCUUUUCUGGAAAUUGUGGCACAUUCACUCCAGGAAACUGCAAUGCUGACAUGUUAUCCAUUGUUCAAAAGGUUUGCAUUGGUGAAGAAGGGUGUUCAAUCUCUGUAUCAGCUGCCAAUCUUGGUGACCCUUGUCCUGGAGUUCUCAAAAGCUUCGCAGUUGAAGCUCUUUGCAGCGACUAAUUCCAUUGGCUGCUCCAAAGUCAUUGUGAUGGCUUCUUGAUAACUAGCUCAAGUAGCCAUGCUUCAUGUCUUGGAGUUAUCCUCCUCAAUGUCUUGUAUAUAUUUUUCUUUUCUAGCUUCAAACAAAGCCAAAUAAGUUUACAUUGACGACUAUGGUGAACCUCGUUAUAUGGUUGGUGGUUGAGAGCGCUGUUUCAGUAGCCCUAAGACAUGUCUUCCAAUAAAAAUAUUGAAAUUAUACAAUUUAUGAGUUUUUUUUUCC